CAUGAGUUCCCAAGACAGUCUAUCGUUCAGUUUUAGUUAAAUAUUUGUAAUCUGGUUGCGCACACUAGAAAUACAUCUAUGGGUGCCUUUUACUUAAGGAUCCCCUGACUCACGGCUUCAAAUGAACAUACUCUUCACACUGGCCUGUCGAUUUUUUCUAAGUAGGCCUUCCUAGAGUUGCUUGUAGAAAACUACAAUUCCCGGCACAGCGCACCUAGUGGGCUAGGCAGCUUCCUCAUUUGACCCAGGAUAGGAUUCGUAGGCAGGGCGGAGUUAGAGAAAUUAUGGCCGCGUAAUUUCCAGAAUUCAAACACUGAUGUUCCAAUCAGUAUACGUAUAUUAUUCGGUAGACUUUAGUUCUGGGGCCUCAAAAAAAAAAAAAUUGCGGGCCUGUCUAUGAAACCCUGGAAGCCCGUUGCUAUGGUUCCGAGACGCCUUCCGCCUGCUGCGCAGACCAUGUGACCAAGAAGCAACAUGGCGGAGCCCAAGGAUCCCUUGUCCAUGAGGUGUCCUGAAUCAAUGACAGCAGUAGCGGCAUCCACAACCAGCCUGGGGACUCGGGCCCCGGCAGCCCUGACCCUGCGGGUAGUGGCCGAGUGCAGCCGCAGUAAAGCUCGGGCAUGCGAGCUGCGCCUGCCGCACGGCACCGUAGCCACGCCGGUAUUCAUGCCCGUGGGGACGCAAGGGACCAUGAAGGGAGUUACGGCGGCGCAGCUGGACAAUCUGGGCUGCCGCAUCUGUUUGGGCAACACAUAUCACCUAGGCAUGAGGCCGGGUCCUGAACUCAUACAGAAGGCAAGUGGACUUCAUGGAUUUAUGAACUGGAAAAGAAACCUGCUCACGGACAGUGGUGGCUUCCAAAUGGUGUCUCUGCUGGCUUUGUCUGAAGUGACAGAGGAAGGAGUGAGAUUCCGUUCCCCAUAUGAUGGUGCUGAGAUCCUGCUGAGCCCGGAGAAGUCUGUGGAGAUUCAGAAUGCCCUGGGCUCAGACAUCAUGAUGCAGCUGGAUGAUGUGGUCAGCAGCACUCUGACAGGCUCCCGAGUAGAAGAGGCCAUGCACAGGUCCAUCCGCUGGCUAGACCGGUGCAUCUUGGCCAAUCAACGACCCGACCAGCAAAACCUUUUUGCCAUCAUCCAGGGUGGCCUGGAUCCUGCUUUGCGGAGGAAGUGCCUUGAAGAGAUGACCAAGAGGAAUGUGCCAGGCUUUGCCAUUGGGGGACUGAGUGGGGGUGAGAGUAAGGAGCAAUUUUGGAAGAUGGUGACACUGAGCACAGACCAGCUGCCUCGAGAGAAGCCACGUUAUCUUAUGGGCGUUGGCUAUGCUACUGAUCUGGUGGUCUGUGUCGCCCUGGGCUGUGACAUGUUUGACUGUGUCUUCCCCACACGCACAGCGCGCUUUGGGUCUGCCCUUGUCCCUACGGGGAACCUCCAGCUGAAGAAGAAGCAGUUUGCAAAGGAUUUCCGACCCAUUGAUGAGGCUUGUACCUGCCCUACCUGUCAGAGGCACACCCGGGCAUUCCUCCAUGUCCUACUGCACAGCAACAACACAGCUGCCUUGCAUCAUGUCACUGUACACAACAUUGCCUACCAGCUGCAGUUGAUGAAUGCUAUCCGGACCAGCAUUGUGGAGCACCGUUUCCCAGAAUUCGUCCAGAACUUCAUAAAGACCAUGUAUGGGGAAGUGGGGCACUGCCCAACCUGGGCUGUGGAGGCCCUGCAGUCAGUGGGCAUCUCUUUAAGCUGACCAUUAUCCAGGGCCCCAAGCAGGGCCUUGCUCCUAGUCUGGGGUAGCUUUGGGGACAGGAGCAUUCCCUUCAGGAGUUAAAGCCAGGGCUCUGUGUGUAGGAGUCACAUGUGUUGGCCCAUGCCCCAGGGUAAAGACUGAAGUGGCUUUUUUUUUUUAAUAAUAUCUCUGUGUUUGUGUAGGUCUUUUUGUCAUCCCCUCAAGGCAAGACAUGGCGGGGGGUGGAUCUGGAUCUGGAUCUGUCUCUCCCACCCACAUUUACUCUGUAAGAAAACUGCUUUACAUGACUACACAUAUAUAAUUGAUAUCAGGUUGCUUACCUUCUCUUUGGAUGGAGGAUGAUCUGGAGAGAGAGAAUUUGGAAAAAGAUAAAUGGGGAAAAAGAAAAAGAAAAUGCAAGAAAGGAAGAAGGUUCCAUGAAGCAAGAACUAGGGGCUUAAUGGAGAAAGGAGGAGUUGAAAUUAAGGUGAAAGGGUUAGCUUUGACAGAAGGCAGACAUAAACUUGAGACCUGAAGGAACAAGGUUAGGAUGGGGCAGAGACAGGUGGAGGGUUUGGGUGCUCACAUCUGCUAGCAUCAAUCCUCAUAGGAAGGAAAGGAGAGAAAAAAGUUUUAAACAGCUGUGGGGAAUGUGAUUGGGAUCAAGGAGAGGUGUAUAUGAGGUUUGCAGUGUUGUAUUGAAGGUUCAUUUCAUCCUGGAUAGCACGAUUGGGUACAGUCAGCCCAUUCAAUGUGAUUUUUCACCAGCACUGAGCAAUUUAAUAGCAUAAGUGGAGUUGGAUGGAUUGUGAGGGGAACCUGGGGCUAGAGAUUAGCAGGGCAGGCAUAAUAAUAAUGAUCAUAUUUAGAAUUUAUAUAGCAUUAUAAGGUUUGCAAGUGCUUUACAAAUAACUCAGUUCAUCUUCACAACAACCCCAAGAGGCUUAAGUUUCAGAGGUUCAGGUUCUGUGUUCCUGGUCAAAUCUGUAAGACAUUUUGUUAUUUCACUAUAACCAAGUAAAAACUGUACAGAACCCAGUUGUUUCAAGAACAGUUCUGAGCUGCUUUUUGGUCUUUGGAGCAGUCAGAUAACAGUAAGGGGAACAUAGGCCAUUACAUUGCAUAACUUCAUGUCCAUUACAGGCUUCAUACAGUCCAUUUUGAAUAUAUAAUGACAAUAAUUAGGGAAAGAUACAAAAUAAGGAACACAUUACAUAUUCACAUAAUAAAAUUAACAUAGUACUAAACAUGCCUGAUGACAUGUUAGCUUCCAUAGUUACAGUAGAAUUUAAAAUAAUAUUGUUACAAUGUACUUUAUACAUACAAAAAAUGUUACCAUUUUUUCCAAAUUUAAAAAAUUUUUUACAAAAUGGCUGCUCCAAGAUGGCUGCUGGGAGUCUGUAAUGUCGUCAAAAUAACCCCCUUGGGCAAGCCAAGUCCUCAGAUUUCUAUUUGGCUUAACCCCUGAGCUCCUAGUAGUUUAGGGAUGGUUUAGAAUGUUGACUCAAACUGACCUCCCUAUGGCUACUUAAGAAAUACUAUGAACAUACAAUAAACCUAGUUGGCUCUGCCAAAACUGUUAUAAUGGGAAUUGGUAGGGGAAGGAACAAUAGGGAAACAUACAAAUUAGAUUUAUUGUUGGGAAAGGGAAAAGGGUUAGGAGAAUGAUCACAAGUAAUCUUAAACUCUAAUUUCUAUAAAUCCAUUUUACCCUAUCUUGUUCUAAGCUAAACAGUAAGUUUCCCCAAUAACCAAAUCUCACAAGUGGAGUCCAAUCAAAUGGGCCAGGAUCUUCAGAUGAUAGCUGUCCAAACAGAUCCAGUGGAGAAGUGUGUCCUCAAUCUUCUGUUCAAGCUGCCAGCAGCCAGUUCAAAAGAUUCCUCUCUUCAGCUGGUAUCACCAAAGCCAGAAACCUGUUUUUCAAAACCUCCAACUUCAGGUCCUUCAGGAGAGAGGUUCCCAGACAGUUGGGACCUCAGAAUCUUUGCCCAGAUCCUGGCCCUUAGGCUCCCAUGUGACUCUUGGUCAUGGGCUCCUGUCAAUCACUCUAACGUUUGCAUUACAUAGUUUUUUGCAAACUCUCCCUGUUAGAGAUAUCAGCAAUUCAUUUUUGUGUAAUGCUCCUUGAACCCUUGGAUAACACAAACUACAGAGCAUGCAUUAUUCACAAAUAACCUUUUAAUGUAUGCAAUUGUUUCCUCUACAAGCACAUCUCCUAAUUGCAAUUCUGCUGCUUCUGUUAACUGAUCUAAAAAACUAGCUGGAGACUCAUCUAUAUUCUGCUUCACCUUUUCAAAUCUAGACCAUGCAUCUGGCCUAUGAGAAUUCCUUUCCAUGGCUUCAAUGAUUGAUUCCCUUGCCUGUUUUAAGUUUCUAUAAUUGGGCACUGAGUUCAGAUCUAACUCCUCAUAGUCCUCUGGCAAUGCUGUUAAUGGAGGAUUGUUCCUUGUCUCUUCUAUGAAUUGCUGUCUUGUAAGCAAUUGUAAGCAAUUCCUCCAUGAGUAAAAGGAAAUCUAUAAUCUGGAUCAUAGCUCUCUUAAAUUCUUUUAUCACCUUAUUUGGUUCAUCAAAAAGCUAGGUGUCCUACGCUUGAUUGCAUCCAAUUCUAUGGUAGAAAAUUGAGAUUUUAGAUGUAAAACCCCAAGAGGUGAAAUAAAUGGCAUUUCUCUUAAUGGAAACAAGGUAGCAGGAUUUUUAUCUAAUUCCUGUUUCCCUUUCCAGCCUAUUUGGAACUUUAGCUUUUACAUCACUUCCCUCUCCAUUUGCACCCUUUGCUAUCAGUCUGCAAACACACACAUUUAACUUUACCUCUAACAGUAGGUGGCAUUAUCUCCAUUUUGUAGAUGUGGAUAGAGGGGUAAAAUGAUUUGGUUGGAGUCACACAGUUUGGAUGGAUAGAAGGCAGAAUUCAAACUCACCUCUUCGUGACUCCAGGCCCAGUGUUCUAUCCACUGUAGGUGCCUUUAUUAUCAGGAGAACAUAAAGAAGACAACAGAUUUCAUGUCAUGAGCAUUGUUUGAAGGAACUGGAAUAUUUAAUUUUUAAAAGAAAAGACUCAAGUUGGAUGGGGCUAGGGGCAUUGGGGUUCAGCUUGUCUUUAUAAAAAUAAAAAGUAUUUAAAGGUUUGUCAUGUAGGAGUAAUUAGAAUUGUUCUGCUUGUCCUCAGAGGCCAGUAGGACAAUGAAGUAAAGGACCCAAAGGGUGGAAGAGAAUGUAUCCUUAGAUGGUAUUGUUUUUGAAAGUAUAAUAUGGUAGCCAAAAUUUUAGGCUGCAUUUCAUAGUGUAGUAUACAGAUUUAGAGAGAUGAUAAUCCUGUCAUAUGUUGCUCUGGUCAGACCAUAUUUGGGAAUAGUGUUCAUUGUUGGGCACUAGGUUUUAGGAAAUCUCAAGUGCUAAGCCCUGGGGAAAGAAAGGCAGAAGCAUAGUCCCUACUUGCAAGAAGCUCUUAGUCUAAUAGUGGAGGUAACAUGCAAACAGUGAUGUUUAUGCGAGACUAGAGGUUGCAAAUGAAAAGUAAUUUUACAGAAAAGAUUUGUUGUUCAGUCAUUAUCAGUCAUGUUCUGACUCUUUGUGAUCCUGUUUGGAGUUUUCUUGGCAAAGAUACUAGAGGCAAACAGGAUUAAGAGGGUGAUUGGUAGGAUCAGAGGCAGAGAGAUUGAGAAAGAUGAAGACUGAGAAAAGGCCAUUGGAUUUGUCCAUUUCUUAACUGGUUACUUUGGAGAAGGCAGUUUCUGUAGAAUUAAGAAGCUGGAAGCCAGAUUGCAAGACAAAUGAGGAAGAAAGGAAGUGGUGGCACCUAAGUGUAGCUGCCUUCAUUAUCAGGAGAGACACCAUGCAAACAAAUAUGUACAGAGCCAGCUAUGUACUAGAUAAAAAGGAAAUAAUAAAGAGAAGGCACUAGAUUUUUGUGGAGGUUGGGAAACCCUUCCUGUAAAAGAUGGGAUUUUAGUUUGAACUCAGAAAACCAGAGAAAUUAGUAGGCAGAUGUGAGGAGGGAGAUCGUUCCAGGGAUGGGGGCCUGGAGUUGAGAGAUGGAGUGGCUUGUUCAUGGAACAGCCAGUAGGCCAGGGUCACUAGCUGGAGCAGAGCUAGGUAAGCCAUGGGAUUAAUUGGGGGCAUGGACCCAUGCUAUAAGGGGCCAGGGUUUUGCUAACUCUCCUAUUGCUAUGAAUUGGGAGAUUGGCCUAUGAGAGCCCAGCCCUGAUGAGUAUUUAGAGGGUGCUUACCUUGAUGAAAUGGACUUUGGCAAGAUCAGAUACCCUAGGACCAUGACAAAGAUUUUUCUGUUGGUUUCUGAGCUGGUCUCACAGAGACAAGUUUCAGCCAGAUAUAAGAAAAUUUUUUUUCUUAAAAAAACUGUGACAAUAGCUUACAGUUCUAUGGUAGGCUUUAAGGUUUACAAAGCACUUUUCCUACAUUAACUCAUUUAAUCUUCAAAACAACUCCAUGAGGUAAAUGGUGUUUUUCCCAUUUUAAAUGAAAAAAACUGAGUCCUAGUUGAUGUCCUUUGCAAAUAUGCUGGUAUAUCAUGAAUUGACUGUUCAGACUGAACCUAGUUCAGGUGACUCCACUAAUUAAAACUUUAUAAAAGGAGACAAGGUUGCCUCUGGAAGGUAGUGAGUUCCCUCUCACGGGAGGUGUUUGAGCCUGUAAGAUAUUUGGGGGGUGGUUGGUUAGGUAGAGUGCCCAGCCUAGGGUCAGGAAGACCUGAGUUCAAGUCCAGCCUCAACACUAGCAGUAUGACCCUGGGCAAAUCACUUUAACCUUGUUUGCCUCAAUUUCCUCAUCUGCCAAUGAGCCAGAGGAAGAAAUGGCAAAUCAUUCCAGUAUCUUUUGUUAAGAAAACCCUAAGUGGGGUCAAGUAGAGUCAGAAAUGACCGAAUGACAAAAUAUGUUUUAGCAAGGAUCCUUGGUGGGCUACAGGUUAGGCUAGAUGAUCUGUAGGAUACUUUCCAAUUCGAAUUCUGUGAUUCUUUGAAGUGGCUGUGAAGAGGGAGGGAAGUGAAGCUUGGAUAAGGGUGCUGGAAUGAGGAAACAGAGGGACUGGGGAUACUGGAAAUUUUGGUGGAUGGUUAUCAAAGAGCAAGUUCGUGAAUGAGGGUGUGGUGGGAGAACCAGUCUUGGCAUGAUUUUAGAACUUGUGUUUUGGUUUUUGAGGUGGCAAUAGGGGGAGGGAGGUUUCUCCUCACAGGAGCAGGUGCUUCUUACAUGGUCCAAGAAGAAAGGGGGCAGCCAGGAUACUUCCAUCUCUUUUCUGAUCAGAGCUGGAAAAGGCUACUUGGUGCCUUUGAACAGUCACUAGAUGGCGAUCUGAGCUUGAGCUGCUCCAGUUCUUAGACUAAAGUUGUUCAUGUCUGAGUCCUAGUCAAGGUCCUUUGCAUGCCAUGGAUUGUUUGUCCAGAUCUCUGUAGGAAAUCCAUGUGAAUAAAGCACAGGAAAGAUGCCCCAUGACUCUCACUCCCCUUCACCUCCACUACAUUACCCUAGUAAUUCUAUGUUUCCUUUCUUUCCUUGGGUUCCUCAUGGAAGCCUGAAUCAGUCAAUGUUCCAAUGGGGAUACAAAAUAGACCAUAAAGAGUCUCUGCCCGUAAGGAGCUUAUUAUAAUCUAAUGGGAAAGAUGACUUUCAGACAAAUGUAUACAAAGCAAGCUAUCUAUGGGAUAGAUAGAUUAUUUAGAAAUAGAAAUUAGCAGAGGGAAGGCACUGGAAUUAAGAGGGAUUGGGGAAGUCUUUCUGUUGAAGGUAGAAUUUGUUCAGAGGAGUGGAGGAAGAGCCUGAAGCCUCCCCCAAAGGUCACCUUUGUUUUUAAACGUUUUUUUGACCUAAUAAACAAUGUACAUCACAA